ACGCCUCAUAAGAGUGAAGACACAAAGAAAAAGGCUGGAGAGACGCUGGAGGCAGCUGCAACACCAACAACUCCAACCUGUUUCCAGAGGAAAAGAGCGCACUCCAAAAGCCGAAACUUAGAAUUCCACAGAAAUUUCUGCUUCAAGAUUUGAACAUAUAGGGAGAAACUGAUUAAAUAUGUAUAUUUUAUUUAAGGCGUAAGCGUUUCCAGCUUUUUUUCUUCAUGUAAGAUUUUUUUGGUGGUUCAGUGAUGUGCUUCUGGCUUGGAUUUACGCACGGUGAUAAAAAACGAUUCUGCCCACUUAAAGGAAUUAUGUAAGGUUUUCCGUCAUCUCAGACUCCAGUAUUAUCUUCAGACACAGCCAUGAAAUCUGUGCUUGAUGGGGUGGCAGACACCACCUUCCGGACUAUUACAUCUGGGUUGCAGUAUCUUGGCUCCAACGAUGCCAACUACGACGACUACAUCAAUGAUUUGAACUUAAAGGGCAGCUUAUCCAUGCAGAAGCCCCUUUCUGCUUUCCGCAGCAACUCGUUUCCAGACAAGAUACCUGCAGACGAAGAGCUUAUCCUCAAGGGCAUACCAUUCUUCCCUACCAAUGCCACAGACUUGUUUGGCAACAGGACCACAUUUAGAGAUGAGACCAAUAAUAUACAAUGCGGUGAGAACUUUAUGGACAUGGAGUGUUUCAUGAUCCUAACCCCCAGCCAGCAGUUGGCUGUGGCUGUGAUGUCUCUGACUCUGGGUACCUUCACAGUCCUGGAGAAUCUGGUGGUGCUCUGUGUCAUACUGCAGUCCCGCACCCUCCGCUGCCGUCCAUCCUACCACUUCAUUGGCAGCCUUGCCGUAGCUGACCUCCUGGGCAGUGUCAUCUUCGUCUACAGCUUUUUGGACUUUCACGUUUUCCACAGGAAAGACAGCCCAAAUGUAUUUCUCUUCAAGCUGGGUGGAGUCACUGCAUCGUUCACAGCAUCAGUUGGGAGCCUCUUCCUCACUGCUAUUGAUCGCUAUAUAUCUAUACACCGGCCCUUAGCCUACAGGCGCAUUGUGACACGGAACAAGGCUGUCGUAGCCUUUAGUGUGAUGUGGACACUUUCGAUCAUCAUUGCAGUGCUACCUCUGCUUGGCUGGAACUGUAAACGUCUCAACUCAGUGUGCUCAGACAUAUUCCCCCUGAUUGAUGAGAACUAUCUGAUGUUUUGGAUCUUCCUGACCAGUGUCUUGGUUAUUUUCAUCAUCUAUGCCUACAUAUACAUCCUUUGGAAGGCACACCACCAUGCCGUCCGUAUGCUGAGCCGUGCCUCCCAGAAGAGUCUUGUUGUCUACUCAGCAGAUGGGACUAAAGUGCAAACCACACGCCCUGAACAGGCACGCAUGGACAUCCGUUUAGCCAAGACCCUAGUUCUCAUUUUGGUAGUGUUGGUAAUCUGCUGGGGCCCAUUGCUUGCCAUAAUGGUAUACGACCUCUUCUGGAAGAUGGACGAUGACAUAAAGACUGUGUUUGCAUUCUGCAGCAUGCUCUGUCUUCUCAACUCUACCGUCAACCCAAUCAUCUACGCCUUGAGGAGCAAGGACCUGCGCCGUGCCUUCCUCAGCUGCUGCAGCAUCUGCCGGAGUAGUGCCCAGCAAUUGGAAAACAGCCUCGAGUCGGACUGCCAGAACAGGCAUACCAACAUUUCUGCCAACAGGGCUGCAGAAAGUUGCGUGAAGACCACUGUGAAAAUAGCCAAAGUGACGAUGUCAGUGUCGACUGAAACCUCUGCAGAAGCUGUCUAAUUUGCCAUUGGGGAGUUUGUGUGUAAAUGUCAUCAUCUUUAAACAUACCCAUUUCACAUAAAAAGCAAAGGUUGGAUAUUCCAGAAACGUCCUCUCCUGAAAGUUGUUGACACUCAUCCUCACACAUGCUUUAUUGGCUUCAUAACGUCAUGUUGUUGUGUGAGUACACAGUGUGCCAAAGUGCCAAAUGGUAUUGUAAGAUCAUAGAGGGGCCUUGUGAUUUGGAAAAGACUCAGAAAGACUAUCAUAAGUCUGCUGUUUACCAUAUAGACUCCAUGAUAUCUAGUCAGCAAAUGCAUAUUAUAUUUUUGUACUGUGAAUUCAGGUUUCGACAAACUCUAUCUUCAUUUAUGGGAUAAGGGGCUACUGAAAUUUCUAAGUAAAGAUGUUUUACAGUGUCAUGUAGAAGUUGAUAUGUCUAUGAACUCAUACAUAUAACAAUUCACCGCGCCUUGACUUCCUAUAGGUUACCCUUUGCAUAGAGGCAUUUUUUAAGCUGAAUGAAGAAAUAAUGUAGUUAUUACAGACUGUCUUGUUCCAGAUUUUUUGAUUUUCUUACAUCAUUCAGUAAAUGCGGAGGGAUGUUUUUUUUUAAACUACAGGUCAGGAAGAGUAAGUAAAUCUUGAAAAAUCUACUAAGAAUAAUAAGUGUGAAAUAGGUAAACAAAAAUUUAUUUUCCGUGGUAGUGAUUUUUUUUACUAGCUGCCAGCUCUUGUAGGUAAAAAUGUCUUUAUUCAGUAAUGUACCUAACAACUGUACAGUGUUUAAUUGCAAAUGAAGAGUUCCAAUUCAGCUAUACAGCCAAGUGAACUCAUACAGUAAGCUUUUUUUUGUUUAAAGCUUGAAAAAUAAAAAUAACAAAAACAGUGUGCUGGUCACUACUGUUCGAAACUUAAGGGGUCUCCGGACAAUAGCUGCUUUUGUCGAUUGCUUAAUUUGAUCAGAUUCUGCCUUGUAUGUAUGUGUAGUAACUUGUGACUUAGUGAUCAUUUUCCAACCCCAAAGCCUUUUGGUCAUUGCAGUGAAAUAUUCUUAGUGCUACUGUUGCAGAAAACAAAAGGAACCAAUGCACAGGACUGGUGAUGUGGUUUUGGCGUAAAUUUAGGUGACAUGAAAAAUACCUGCUGUUCAUUUUUAUUUCUUAAAACAAAGAAACAUAGGUCAGUAGCAUGUGAUUCAAACUGAAUUUUGUGUGUGAGAAUUAUGUGGAGAUCAAAACUAACCUUAAAUAAGACAUCAUAGCAACGGUGCAACUUUUUUUUCUGAUAGAUGAUGUAGAACUUUUAAUCUAGAAAUAUCACAGCACAAUUGUUCUGUAAACAUUUAUCUUGUUGUGAAGUUUUCCAAACAGAUGUUUAUCAGUAUGCUUCUGCUGGCUCUCGUACUUUUAAGUAUUAAAGAACAAAAUGUCAACUUGUCAAGUGGCUUCUGUAUAUCGGUGGCAAAAUGAUGAGUUUAUGACUUCAAAAUCCCAGUCGAUCAAGUGUUUCUGAUAUUACUGUGUUAAAACCUUUGAAUAAAGUCGCAGCUGGUGUCAUGUUG